UACUAAGUGAAGUUGUGGGGUGACUUUAUAUGGAGUUGGGACCUUUGGGGUUGGGGAAACUUGUCACUCUACUGUAACAGCUGCAAAUAGGUUGGGAACAACCAAGCUAGGUUGGGAAGGGUGGCCAACUUGGAUGGAUUGGUUGGGAAGGGACAAAUGUCAAAGUUGGGGUUCCUAUAGGGAGGGAAUCUUUGUGCUUAUGGGGUUUCCUUGGUUGGGGACUCUCUUGGGACCUCCCAUCUCAUCCCUCUCUUCCUAUCCCAACCUUUCUCUUGCUCCUUCUUAUUCCUUGUGAGAUUCUUGAACUUUGAUUGA